AUGAUCAUUCAGUUUGUCAGCUCUCCAUCAUGGAAUGAACCUAUCAACAGUUUCGUGGCGGAGAAGUGUGUGAUCUUCGACAACCUUGAUGACGAGAUGAAACACGAGUACAUGGAGUGCCACCAAGAGUUUAGUGGAUUGGUGGAGAGCCUUCUAGCAGCACACCUGCUGGAGGUGGACAUUGCGCCCGAGGACUUCGAACGACAGGCGAUUUUGCCGGUCUUCAUGCGGAUGUUGGGCAGCGAACGACAGUUCAUGCCUGGAUCCGACUUGAGGGUCAUGGAAAGUGGAUUGAAAGAUGAUGAGCGGAUGCAGGGGGUGGUCUCGCAGUUGAUGGCUGCAGAAGACUUCUUGACCUUCAGGGACAUGAUGCUAAAACAUCACAUGCAGAUGCAGCAGGCAGCCGAAGGUAACCUCGCUUCUACUCUUGUGCAAGAGGAGAAGUUGGCCAACGACGCUGCCAUUGCAGCAGCCAUCGCUGCAGACGCCUCCACCAUGGAGGAGCAAGCGUCUGCUGUGGCCCGCGGCGCCCACUCCGCCCCCAGCGCCGCGUCGGCGCCGCCGCCGCCGCCGGCCUCCGCCGAGGAGGAGCGGGCGUUCGGCGCCGCGGGCGGCGCGUACGGGCGCGCGGUGUAUGGAGGGCAGAAGAAGCCGGCCAGCAACGAGAAGGCUGCAGCGAUCCGGAAGGCCUUGUUCAAUGGUUUGAAGAGAUGA